GGCGGGGCCUCGUGGGCGGAGUGGGCGGGGCUUCGCACCUGCCCGGGCGCGCCUCUUCUGUCUCGCGCCCAGAGUUCUCUUGCUUUGCAAACUUUGCAGACGCGCCUUCUUCACCUUGGGCUCCUUCGCUUUCUAUGGGGCGGACCCGGCUUGGACCCUCUUUGGGGCUGGCCCCAUGGAUGCUCUUCCUCCUCAUCCAGGGUUUAUUAUGUGUUUUGGGCACCGAGGUCCCAUGCCAGCCAGGCUUCCUUUCGGAGAACUACGUCUUCCACGUUCCGAGGGCGGAUUUGGAACGGAACCGGGUCUUGGGCCGAGUGACUUUUACGGACUGCACUGACCGGACGCAGGUCCCUUUCCUCUCGGACGACACCCGCCUCAGGCUCCGGCCGGACGGCACCCUGGUGGUCAAGCGCCCCUUGCGCCUCCAAAGCCACCACCACAGCUUCUCCGUCCACGGAUGGGACGCGGCCGGGAAGAAACACUCGGCACAAGUGACCCUGCGGCUUCGGCACGGACACCGGCACCACGAGCAGCACUCCCAGCGGCACCCGGUAGGCAUGGUGCUGACCUUCCCGCAAUCCGGGCCCGGCCUCAGGCGGCAGAAGAGGGACUGGGUCAUCCCGCCCAUCUAUUGCUCUGAAAAUGAGAAGGGCCAGUUUCCAAAGCAGCUGGUGCAGAUCAAAUCCAACAAGGACAAGGACACGAAGGUCUUCUACAGCAUCACCGGCAAAGGAGCCGACAGCCCCCCCGUGGGGGUCUUCUCCAUCAUUCGGGACGACGGCUGGCUGAUGGUCAACCACCCGCUGGACAGAGAGCUUAUCGACCGAUACGUGCUCUUCUCUUAUGCCGUGUCGGCCAACGGUCAGUCGGUGGAGGACCCCAUGGAGAUCAUCAUCAAGGUGGGCGACCAGAACGACAACCGGCCCGAGUUCACCGAAAAGGUCUUCCAAGGAUUCGUGGCAGAAGGAGCCACGCCAGGUACGGCCGUGAUGACCGUGACGGCCACCGACAAGGACGACAGCGUGGACACCUACAACGGGGUCGUCACCUACUCCAUCACCAACCAGAACCCCAAGGAGCCCCACAGCCAGAUGUUCACCAUCAACAACCAGACCGGACUCAUCAGCGUCAUCACCACCGGGCUGGACAGAGAGAGAUACCCGCAAUACGAGCUGACCAUCCAAGCCACGGACAUGUUGGGCCAAGGCUACAGCACCCCGGGGACGGCCAUCAUCACCGUCACCGACAAGAACGACAACCCGCCCAUAUUUGACCCCAAAACGUACGUGGCCAGCGUGCCGGAGAACGUGGCCAACUACACCGUGGCCCAGCUGACCAUCAUCGACGCGGACCAGGAAAACACUCCGGCCUGGAAAGCCAAGUACACCUUCUCUGCAGGCAACGGGGCAGGGAACUUCGCCAUUGAAACGGCUCCGGACGGAAACGACGGUCUCUUGACCACCGUCAAGGGCCUGGACUUUGAGUUUCAGCAAAAGUACAUCUUGGAAGUGACGGUGGUCAACGAGGAGCCCUUUUCUGUGACCCUCCCGAUCUCCACGGCCACCGUCACGGUCAACGUGCAGGACGUCAACGAGGCCCCGGCCUUCUCUCCCCCCGUGAUGGCCGUGACGCAGCGGGAAGACCUCCCCGUCGGGCAAGUGGUGGCCACGGUCUCGGCCAAGGACCCCGACACCUUCCUGCAGCAGACCGUCAGGUAUUCCAUUGGGAGCGACCCGGCCGGCUGGUUGAGAAUCAACGCCGAGAACGGCAUCAUCGAGUCCCGGUCGGAGUUGGACAGGGAGUCUCCCUUUGUGCAGAACAGCACCUACGUGGCCCUGGUCCUGGCCAGCGACAGCGGUUCUCCUCCAGCCACCGGCACCGGCACCCUCCUGGUCUACCUCCAGGACAUCAAUGACAACGGCCCCGAGCCGGAUCCACGUGCCUUUGACAUCUGCAGCCGGAGCCCAGAGCCCCAGGUUCUGGGCAUCGUGGACAAGGACCUCCCGCCCAACACCGACCCCUAUUCGGCCAUGCUGGAACUGGGCUCCAGCGCCAACUGGUCCGCCCGCGUCAACAACGACCGCCUGACCCUUCAACUGACCAAGGUGCUGGACCCUGGCGACUACAACGUGGCCGUGAAGCUGACCGACGGCCAGGGUCUCUCCCACUUGACGAUGGUCAAGGCCCGGGUGUGCGAUUGCGAGGGGGCCGCCCAGAACUGCGAGCGGAGGGGUGCCAUCGGGUCUGCCGGGAUGGGCGUCCCGGCCAUUCUGGGCAUCCUGGGUGCCAUCCUGGGCUUCUUGAUCCUGCUCCUGCUGCUCCUGCUCUUUGUGAGGAGGAGGAAGGUGGUGAAGGAGCCGCUGCUUCCUCCGGAGGACGACACCCGGGACAACGUCUACUACUACGACGAAGAGGGCGGCGGAGAGGAGGACCAGGACUACGACCUGAGCCAGUUGCACCGGGGCCUGGACGCCCGCCCUGAGAUCACCCGCAACGACGUGGCCCCGACCCUCAUGCCGGCCCCGCAGUACCGCCCCCGCCCCGCCAACCCUGACGAGAUCGGCAACUUCAUUGACGAGAACCUGAAGGCGGCUGACACGGACCCCACGGCUCCCCCCUACGACUCCCUGCUGGUCUUUGACUACGAGGGCAAUGGGUCGGAGGCCGCCUCUCUCAGCUCCCUCAACUCCUCCGGCGGAGACCAGGACCAGGACUACGACUACCUCAACGACUGGGGCAACCGCUUCCGGAAGCUGGCCGACAUGUACGGCGGAGGCGAGGAGGAGGAAGACAACUAGGACCAACCCUUUCCCAGCAGCUGCCCAGCUCUGGCCAUAAAUGGACAGCAAGCAAUACACCAAAUAUGCCUUUUCCCAAACACUGGAUUCUAAUUAGUGAAUGACUAUAAAUCCAUUAUUCUAUACUUAAUACUCCAUUAUCAUAUAUUUAAUUUUUGUUAAAUAAAGGCUGCUUAAAUGCAUGCAAUUAAAAAUAAAAAAGACAGACAGUAGAGUAAAGCAAAUUAAACAUUGUUAAAAUUAUCCCCUAAUUCUCCUUCCCCAACCCUAUAUAUAUAUAUGUACACACACAUAUAUAUACACAAACACACACAUAUAUAUAUGUUGAAAAAUCCAACUGACUGUUUGUUGAAGCCUUUCACUUAAAAUGCAUCAUUGCAAACUGGACAAUCUUUGCAUUUCACAAAGACGUCAACACAUCGGUUUUGCAGAAUGCCGCUCUCCAAGGAAACUGGAUUUAAAUAGCAAUUUCUCAAAAAUAUACUGAUUUUUUCCCAUCCUUUCUCCCCUUUACUUGACCUGGACUUCGACUGGUUAGUAUAAUACCCGGCUGCAUUUUGCAAUAUUAGAAAUACAGAGAAACAAAACACUAAUAUCAACGAAGAGAGUGCAGGAAGUCAUGCGUUUAGAAGGAGAGGAGCCAAACAGGAUUACAAUUUUAAUUUUAGGAUAACAAUCAUGAUGAUAAUUUUAAAAAAUGCAUGAGUUUAUGUGCAAAGAAUGUAUUUCAAGAUGUUAUACUUUGCUUUCCAAAUUCCAAAGCCUCGCUAUUCAAUGAAAUGUGGCCCGAAUUUGCUCUAAAAUCAGCCCUUUGGGCAUCUCUUGCAAACGACAACAACAACAACAACAACAACAACAAUAACAUUAUUUUUGUAUUCCAUCUCGGGCAGCUAACAUGGGGCCAAGCCCAAACAAUCACAAUAAAACAAAAUAAAAUAAAACAAUGCACUUUACUUGCAGCACUGCGAUUUCUAGAGCAAUGGCCAAAGACCGUGAUUUCUGUGAUUUCUUGCUUUUUCUCCACUUUAUUGGAAUUUUGUAAAAAAAUUCUGAAUCACCAGUGCCUUAAAAUUUUGACAAUCGCCUUUUAAGCCAUCAGAUAUGUGCAGAUUGAAUUUAACGUGAUUCUUCAUAUUAAUUUUCCUAUUAUUGUACAAACUCUUAACUAUGCCUAAACUCAAACCGGAAAAAAUGACUUUUUUUUGGACUACACUUCCCCAAAUCCCCAACUAACUGCUGGAUUGUGGGAGUUAUUGUUCUAAGAGCCUUUCCUAUCUUCAGUCCUGGUAUAUUUUUGUCAUUAGUGAUCAUAUUGCAAAAAAAUAUCAACUGUGUCCACCUGCGUAUGUUUUGUAGUUGUUUGAUAUUCUUUAUGGAAUGUAUAUUGAAUGGUGUUAAAAUUAUUAGUAUGUCCAUUACGGCUUUUUUUAUUAGAUAUGCAUUUUAAAAAUGUAUUUGAACCAUUCUUCACUGCUUCAAACUGUAAGAUAUAAAUAAAAUCGGUUUCUUAAGAAA